AGCUGGAGGGCGGCCAGGCCUGGCCGAGGCUGGCGCGGCUCCCGGCAGCCCCGGCCGGACUCUGCCCCGGCCCUCCCCUCGGCCGGGCCCGCGGGGACGCGAGGACGAGCCAUGGCGGCGGCAGCGGCGAGCGAGCCCCGCGCGGCCUGCUACGACGCCAUCGUCAUCGGCGCCGGCAUCCAGGGCUCCUUCGCCGCCUACCACCUGGCCGAGCGGGGCCGGGACACCCUCCUGCUGGAGCAGUUCCUCCUGCCCCACUCGCGGGGCAGCUCGCACGGGCAGAGCCGCAUCAUCCGCAGCGCCUACCCGCAGGAGCACUACGCCCGCCUGAUGCCCGAGAGCUACCGCCUCUGGCAACGCCUCGAGGCCCGCACCGGCACCUGCCUCUACAGGCGGACGGGGCUGCUGGUGCUGGGCGCCGCCGGGGAGCCGCAGUUCGAGCGGUGGCGGCGGGCGGCGGCGCGGCCCCGCGGCCCCGCCGAGCAGCUCGACGGCGCCGCCCGCGCCCGCCGCUUCCCCGGGCUGCGGCCCCGCGACGGCGAAGCGGCGCUGUGGGACGGCGCGGCCGGGGUGCUCCACGCGGACCGGGCGCUGCGGGCCGUGCAGGAGCUGUUCCGCCGGAGCGGCGGCACGCUGCGCGACGGCGAGAAGGUGCUGGGCAUCGAGCCCGGCGCCCUGCUCACCGUGAGCACCGCGGCCGGGCUCUACCGCGCCCCCCGGCUCGUCAUCGCGGCCGGCGCCUGGAGCAGCCAGCUGCUGGAGCCGCUCGGCCUCCGGCUGCCGCUGCAGCCCCUGCGCGUCCACGUCUGCUACUGGAAGGAGAAAGUGCCCGGGAGCUACGGCGUCGAGCGGCCCUUCCCCUGCUUCAUGGCGCUGGGGCUGCCCCAGGUGCCCCACGACAUCUACGGGCUGCCCGCCUGCGAGUACCCGGGGCUCGUCAAGGUGUGCUACCACCACGGCAGUCCCGUGGACCCCGACCAGCGCGACCGCCCGGUGCCGGGCGAUCGCCGCCUCGACGUGGCCCUGCUGCGCCGCUUCGUCGCCAGCUACCUGCCGGGGCUGGAGCCCGAGCCGGCCCUGCUGGAGACCUGCCUCUACACGAACACCCCGGACGGAGACUUCAUCCUGGACCGGCACCCCAAGCACAGCAACAUCGUCAUCGGAGCCGGCUUCUCAGGCCACGGCUUCAAGCUGGCGCCGGUGGUGGGGAAGCUGCUGUGCGAGCUCAGCCUGGGCGAGGAGCCGUCCUACAGCACGGCGCCCUUCAGCAUCAGCCGCUUCCCCGGCGCGCUCCGGGCCGCGCUGUAGGUCCGGGGAGGCGGCCGUGCCUGGAGCGGGGCAUCCCGGCAUCCCUGCACCCCACCUCCCUGCACCCCCUCAUCCCGCAUCGCGGCACCUCGGCAGCGCCACGCCGCUGCGCCCAGCCGCCCGGCGCCCCCGCACCGCAGCUCCCCGGCCUCGCAGCGCGCCCGCGUGCCGC